UGAGGAAGGUGUUCCAUCCAGAAAGAUGGCCUCUGCGGCAUAACAGAGGGACUCAGCACAGGGGCCCUGGUGGCUGUGCCUUCAGCUCUUUCCUGGGAGCCACAAACCCCAUUUGCUCCUCCGCAACUUGAGCCUUCUCUGUUCCGCUGCUGGAGCCCAUGGUCACAAUAUGGCCAUUGCAGCCCAGCCAUCAUGUCUGGAUUCCAGGCAAGAAAGGGUAAUGAGUGCAUCAGAAAAGCAAAAACAUUCUCAAAUUCCCUGGUAAAUUAAGCUGAUGUUUCAUUGGCUAGAUGUAUGCCACAUGGCCACUCCCUAAUAAAAGGAGAUCUCAGAAGCGCCACAGCGAGCGAGCAAGCGAGUGAGAAGGGGGAGAGAGGGAGUCGUCUGUCUGCAAAGUGCUGCUCCCUGGUGCUCAGAGGCGGCUGCUCCAGCUCCAGCUCCAACUCUCAUUCAUUUUGCCGGUUAACAUGAGAGAUCAUGGCCGCCUUCGGGCUUCUCAGCUAUGAGCAGAGACCGCUGAAACGCCCCCGGCUCGGGCCGCCGGACGUCUACCCGCAGGACCCCAAGCAGAAGGAGGAUGAACUCACUGCUGUGAAUGUAAAGCAAGGCUUCAGCAAUCAGCCGGCCUUUACGGGAGACGAACAUGGCUCAGCCAGAAAUAUUGUAAUUAAUCCAUCAAAGGUUGGAGCUUAUUUUAGCAGCAUAUUAGCUGAGAAACUAAAGCUGAACACUUUCCAGGACACCGGAAAGAAGAAACCACAAGUUAAUACUAAAGAUAAUUAUUGGCUGGUUACCCCUCGAUCGCAGAGUGCAAUUCAUAGUUGGUUCUCUGAAUUAGCAGGAAAUAAGCCACUUGCUAUUUUGGCAAAAAAGGUUCCCAUCCUUAGUAAAAAAGAAGAUGUUUUUGCAUAUUUAGCUAAAUAUUCAGUGCCAAUGGUUCGAGCAAUGUGGCUUAUCAAGAUGACUUGUGCCUAUUAUUCUGCUAUUUCUGAAGCUAAAAUUAAGAAACGCCAGGCUCCUGAUCCCAAUUUGGAGUGGACACAAAUAUCUACCAGGUAUCUUCGAGAGCAGCUGGCCAAGAUUUCCGACUUCUACCACAUGGCUUCCAGCAUGGGUGAUGGCCCUGUCCCUGUGCCCCCGGAUGUGGAGCAAGCCCUGAAGCAGUGGGAGUACAACGCAAAGCUGGCAUUCCACAUGUUCCAGGAAGGAAUGCUGGAAAAACAUGAAUAUUUGACAUGGAUCUUGGAUGUUUUAGAAAAGAUCAGACCAAUGGAUGAUGAUCUUCUUAAACUCCUAUUACCAUUAAUGCUUCAGUAUUCAGAUGAAUUUGUUCAGUCGGCCUACCUGUCUCGUCGUCUUGCCUACUUUUGUGCCCGGCGUCUUGCCUUGCUGCUGAGCGAUAGCAGUGGCCUCCUCACUGCCCACUCGCCCCACAUGAUGAUAGGACCAAACAAUGCGAGCAUUGGGGCCCCCAGCCCUGGCCCCCCCGGCCCCGGCGUGAGCCCCGUGCAGCUGGCCUUCUCAGACUUUCUGUCCUGUGCACAGCACGGUCCCCUCAUUUAUGGACUUAGUUGUAUGUUGCAGACUGUCACUCUCUGUUGCCCAAGUGCCUUAGUGUGGAAUUAUUCCACAAACGACAGUAAGAGCGUGAACCCAGGCUCACCCCUGGAUCUGCUGCAGGUGGCGCCCUCCAGCCUCCCCAUGCCCGGCGGGAACACGGCCUUCAAUCAGCAGGUUCGGGCAAGGAUUUAUGAGGUAGAACAGCAGAUAAAACAGAGAGGUCGUGCAGUGGAAGUUCGGUGGUCUUUUGACAAGUGCCAAGAGUCAACAGCAGGGGUCACCAUUAGCCGGGUUUUGCACACAUUGGAAGUGUUGGAUCGACACUGUUUUGACCGAACUGAUUCUAGCAAUUCAUUGGAGACGCUUUAUCAUAAGAUUUUCUGGGCACACCAAAAUAAAGAUAACCAAGAGGUUGCCCCCAAUGAUGAAGCUGUGGUGACAUUAUUGUGCGAAUGGGCUGUGAGCUGUAAACGGUCCGGCAAGCACAGGGCGAUGGCAGUGGCAAAACUCUUGGAGAAGAGGCAAGCGGAAAUCGAGGCUGAGAGAUGUGGGGAGUCAGAGGUCUUAGAUGAGAAGGAGUCCAUUUCUUCUGCGUCUCUUGCUGGAUCUAGUUUGCCUGUUUUCCAGAAUGUUCUGCUAAGGUUUUUAGAUACACAGGCCCCCUCAUUGUCGGAUCCAAACAGUGAAUGUGAGAAGGUGGAGUUUGUGAACCUGGUGCUGCUCUUCUGCGAGUUCAUCCGGCACGAUGUCUUCUCUCACGACGCUUACAUGUGCACCCUCAUCUCCCGGGGAGACCUGUCCGUCACCUCCUCCACUCGGCCACGGUCGCCUUCGGGAGAAAAUGCAGAUGAGCACUACCCCAAGGACCAUGACAUGAAGAUGGAGAUUUUUUCUCCUAUGCCUGGAGAGUCCUGUGAGAUCAUCAACCCUUCCUUGGGCAGAAGAAUGUCAGUUAAUGGUGAGAAGCUGCUGAAGAGAGAAAAACCAAGAGAGUUGAUUUUUCCAUCUAAUUAUGACCUCCUGCGACACCUGCAGUAUGCAACACAUUUUCCCAUACCUCUGUCUAUUCCCCACCCACAGUAUCUGCCCCCAGUCACCCAUGGGAGGGAUACUUCUAAAAGACAAGCAUGGCCAUGUCCUUUUGGUGGGUCCUUCUCCCUUACAAGGGAUACAAUGGGUGAAAAUUCACCCACUGUGGAGAAUGAAUCCUGUGACAUGGAUGAGUCUUCAAGCCAUGAAUGUAACCAGCGCACAGUUCUUCUGUAUGGUGUGGGCAAAGCACGUGAUGAAGCGAGGCAUCAGCUGAAGAAGAUUACCAGAGAUAUUUUGAAAAUCCUAAAUAAGAAGAGCACCACAGAGAUGGGGGUUGGAGAUGAAGGACCAAGAGCCAGGAAGAGCAGGCAGGAGGCAUUUCCAACGCUCGAGACUGUGUUCACAAAACUUCAGCUCCUUUCAUAUUUUGAUCAGCAUCAAGUAACAUCUCAGAUCUCUAACAAUGUGCUGGAGCAGAUCACAAGCUUUGCGUCCGGGACUUCCUAUCACCUCCCUUUAGCUCACCAUAUUCAGCUCAUCUUCGACCUCAUGGAGCCAGCACUGAACAUCAAUGGAUUAAUUGACUUCUCAAUACAGUUACUAAAUGAACUGAGUGUUGUGGAAGCCGAACUGCUCCUGAAAUCCUCCAGCCUCGCAGGCAGCUAUACCACGGGCCUCUGUGUCUGCAUCGUGGCUAUUCUCAGGCGCUACCACAGCUGUCUGAUCCUGAAUCCCGAGCAAACAGCACAGGUGUUUGAAGGGCUGUGUAGUGUGGUAAAGCAUGUUGUGAACCCCUCAGAGUGCUCUUCUCCUGAGAGAUGCAUCUUAGCCUACCUCUAUGAUCUCUACGUGUCAUGUAGCCACCUCAGAAGUAAAUUUGGAGACCUCUUCAGUAGUGCCUGUUCAAAAGUUAAGCAGACCAUAUAUAAUAAUGUGAUACCUGCUAAUUCUAACUUGCGAUGGGAUCCGGACUUCAUGAUGGAUUUUAUUGAGAAUCCUUCAGCUUGUAGUAUCAACUACUCUAUGCUAGGCAAGAUCCUCAGUGACAAUGCGGCCAAUCGCUACAGCUUCGUCUGCAAUACACUCAUGAAUGUAUGUAUGGGCCAUCAGGACGCUGGAAGGAUUAAUGACAUAGCCAAUUUCUCCUCCGAGCUGACAGCAUGCUGCACUGUUCUUAGUUCAGAGUGGCUGGGAGUUCUGAAGGCUCUCUGCUGUUCUUCCAAUCACGUGUGGGGGUUCAAUGAUGUACUUUGCACAGUAGAUGUGAGUGACCUUUCAUUCCAUGAUUCACUAGCUACUUUCAUUGCUAUUCUGAUAGCACGACAGUGUUUCUCCUUGGAGGACGUCGUGCAGCACGUGGCACUGCCCUCUCUCCUCGCGGCAGCUUGUGGAGACGCGGAUGCUGAGCCCGGGGCCAGGAUGACCUGCCGCCUCCUGCUCCAUCUCUUCCGAGCCCCCCAGGCCUGCUUAUUACCUCAAGCAGCCGGCAAAACUUUCCCUGGAAUAAGAUCAUCUUGUGAUAGACACCUUUUAGCUGCUGCUCACAACAGCAUCGAAGUGGGAGCAGUGUUUGCUGUUUUAAAAGCAAUUAUGAUGCUUGGCGAUGCCAAAAUUGGCAAUAACAGUGUCAGCUCUCUAAAGAAUGAUGACUUCACCAUGAGGGGUUUGCGACGUGAUGGGAAUGCUGAUGAUAUCUGGACUGCCUCACAAACUGCAAAAUCAUGCGGGAGAAGCAUUUCCAUAGAAACUGCCAACUUAAAAGAAUAUGCUAGAUAUGUACUGAGAACUAUUUGUCAACAGGAAUGGGUAGGAGAACACUGCUUAAAAGAACCUGAAAGAUUGUGCACAGACAAAGAACUAAUAUUGGACCCUGUGCUUUCAAAUAUGCAAGCACAGAAACUACUGCAGCUCAUCUGUUAUCCUCAUGGCAUUAAAGAAUGUACUGAGGGGGACAACCUGCAAAGACAGCACAUUAAGCGCAUUCUUCAGAACCUUGAGCAGUGGACACUGAGGCAGUCCUGGCUAGAACUUCAGUUAAUGAUUAAGCAGUGCUUGAAGGACCCAGGCUCUGGCUCGGUGGCUGAAAUGAACAACUUACUGGACAAUAUUGCUAAGGCGACCAUAGAGGUGUUCCAGCAGUCUGCUGACAUGAGCAUCAACUCUUCCAAUUCCGGUACGGGGCUCUUCAACCCGAACGGGAUGGGAAGCUCCGAUGCAGGAAGCACAAGGCAGAAUGGAAUAAAGACAUUCCUAAGCUCCUCUGAACGCAGGGGUGUGUGGCUGGUGGCCCCGCUCAUUGCCAGGCUGCCAACCUCUGUGCAAGGAAGAGUACUGAAAGCUGCCGGGGAGGAGCUGGAGAAGGGACAGCACUUGGGUUCUUCUUCAAAAAAGGAAAGAGACAGACAAAAACAGAAAAGUAUGUCUCUUUUGAGCCAACAACCAUUCCUCUCACUGGUCCUUACCUGCCUUAAGGGACAAGAUGAACAACGAGAAGGCCUCCUCAUGUCUCUCCAGAAUCAAGUUAAUCAGAUCUUAAGUAAUUGGAGAGAAGAGCGAUACCAACAUGACAUAAAAGCACGGCAGAUGAUGCACGAAGCAUUGCAGCUCCGCCUGAAUUUGGUGGGAGGAAUGUUUGACACAGUGCAGAGGAGCACCCAAUGGACCACAGACUGGGCCCUCCUCCUUCUUCAAAUCAUUACUUCUGGAACCGUUGACAUGCACACCAACAAUGAAUUAUUCACAACAGUUCUUGACAUGCUGGGUGUUUUAAUCAAUGGAACAUUAGCCUCUGACCUGUCCAACGCAUUGCCAGGGGGAUCUGAAGAGAAUAGACGUGCAUACAUGAAUUUAGUAAAGAAACUGAAGAAAGAGCUAGGAGACAAGCGGUCAGAAAGUAUUGAUAAAGUUCAACAGCUGCUGCCUUUGCCAAAACAGACAUGUGAUGUCAUCACUUGUGAGCCUAUGGGUUCCUUGAUUGACACAAAGGGAAACAAAAUUGCUGGGUUCGACUCUAUAGAUAAAAAACAGGGUCUCCAGGUCUCUACGAAGCAGAAGGUGUCCCCCUGGGAUUUGUUUGAGGGUCAGAAGAACCCAGCUCCUCUGUCCUGGGCCUGGUUCGGGACAGUCCGAAUAGACCGGAAGGUGAUCAAGUAUGAGGAGCAGCACCACCUCCUUUUGUACCACACACACCCUAUGCCCAAGCCCCGAAGUUACUACCUCGAGCCGCUGCCCCUGCCUCCCGAGGAGGAAGAGGAAGAGCCCACGUCUCCCAUUUCUCAGGAACCAGAGAGGAAAUCAGCUGAGCUGUCAGAUCAGGGAAAAACCACAACUGAUGAAGAGAAGAAAACAAAGGGAAGGAAGCGCAAGACAAAAUCAAGCUCAAGAGUUGAUGAGUAUCCACAGAGCAACAUAUACCGAGUGCCUCCUAAUUACUCACCCAUCUCCUCCCAGAUGAUGCACCACCCACAGUCUGCCUUGUGGGGCUACAACCUCAUGGGGCAGCCCCAGCAGCCUGGCUUUUUCCUGCAGAGCCCAUCUCUUACUCCAGGUGGCUCUAGACUGGACCCCACAGGCUCCUUUGUCCCUACCAACACCAAGCAAGCCCUGUCGAACAUGCUGCAGCGGCGCUCGGGCGCCCUCAUGCAGCCGCCCUCGUUGCACGCCAUCACGUCGCAGCAGCAGCAGCUGGUCCAGAUGAAGCUCCUGCAGCAGCAGCAGCGGCUCCUCCGGCAGGCCCAGGCCCGGCCGUGCCAGCAGGGCCAGCCAGGGGACCAGGCUGCUCUCUUUGCUGCACAAGCACGGCCCUCCCCUCAGCUCCCCCAGUAUCCAGGGCUGCAGCAAGCACAGGCCAUGCCCCAAGGCUAUACUAUGUAUGGAACACAGAUGCCUUUGCAGCAGACCCCGCAGCAGCAGGCUGGCAGUGUGGUCCUGUCCCCCAGCUAUAACUCCAGAACCUACCCGGUUGCGCAUUCCAACCCUACGCUGAUGGAAAGACUCAGACAGAUGCAGCAGCCGCCCAGUGGCUAUAUUCAGCAACAGGCCUCGCAGUACCUGCAGCCUCUGACUGGCUCCCAGAGACUGAAUCAUCAGUCCCUUCAGCAGAGCCCGCUGAUGGGCGGAGGAGUCGAGGCAGUGCUGACUCCCACACAUCCGGGCCUGCCAGUGCCGCUGCCUCAGGACCCGGUGCGGCCCAGACAGCCGCAGGUGCGACAGCAGCAGAGGCUCCUCCAGAUGCAGCAGUCCCAGCAGCCCCCGCAGUCCCAGCCGUCCUCGCAGCCCCAGAGCCAGCCCCUCAGUCUGCAGGCUGUGCAGCCCCAGCAGCCAUUGUUUCCCAGGCAAGGCUUGCAGCAGACACAGCAGCAGCAGCAGACGGCUGCCCUGGUGCGGCAGCUCCAGAAGCAGCUCUCCAGUAACCAGCCACAGCAAGGAGUGACUCCCUAUGGACACCCUUCACACUUCUGAAUCUGGAAGAGGACAAGACAUGAAGUUUUAUGUUUGCACUGAAAAACAGAAAUCAAAUUUAAUGCAUUAGUCAUCUUUAGAAAUGUCCCUUUGUUAUUUCAAUUCUUUGAAGUUUCUUUAUGUUUUAUGCUACACUUGUACAAAGGUGUUUAAACAAAAAGCAAAGUAGGAGGCGUGGUUUUGUCUUGUUGCUUUCAGCUUUAAAAUAGGUUUAAAAAUGUGGAUCAUGCGGGCCUACUCCAGAGAGAGUUUGGUAGCAGACUUUUUUAUAUUGGUGCUUUUUUUGAAUCUCAUAGAAAGAAUGAAUUAUGGUAAAUAUAAUAUAUUUAUAUAUUCAUUAAUGAAGUUUUUUUUUCUUUUCAAACUGUGCCGGACCAAACUACUGAUUUGAAAGUCAUGUCAGGUCUUGACAGAAAAGUGACCCAUUAAUUCUGCAUUUACCUUUGAUGGUGAAAUGGACACUUAUUCACAUCACUCUAAUUUGAAAUAUUUGUAACUUCAUAAGCACUUUAUAAACUUUGUUCUUAUUUAUAUAGGGUUAUUUUUUGCUUUUGUUGUGGUCAAAAGGUGCUGAAACAGAUUGUUGCUUAGUACUUAAACUUCUUAGACCAAGAACUUAACCCAGGGCUUCUGUGAAUGAUGCCCUAAGAAGGUGGAAGCCUGCUGGAAGUAGCUGUACUCAAAUUUGUUUUCAGUAGCAAGGUCGUUGACCAGAGUCUCUGUGAAGGUACGACAUGGAAAUUCUAAAGGCCCCAACAAACCAUGGUGGAAUUGUCCAAUUAUUUACUGCCAGAUUUGGCAAAAAUGACUGUGUCCAGUUUUGGUUCUCCUGAAUCUUAUGCCAACUUGAGAAAAAGAAUCUCGCAGCUGACAUGAGAUUCCACAGUGCUCAAACUUGACAUGGUUUCCAGAGAAUUUGGCCUCCAGUCCAGAAAGCUCUGGUUUUCAUAAAAAAAAUGCAUUUGCUGUUUAUUUUAUAUGGUGUUGAGUUGCUUUUUACAUGUCGGAAAAGUUAGCCUGCAUUUCUUUUUAAAUUCAGUCAUUAAAACAUCCUUGUAUUCCCCGUCUAUGAAAAACUUCAGUGUGCACAAGACAGUAAAUCAUCAUCAAAACAGUUAAGUGCUUAUUUUCUGUAGGCUUUAGUAAAAUAUUUAUAAACCAACCACAAAAUAUUUAUACAUUAUACAUCAAAAUGGAAAAUUUACAUCAAGACUGAAAAUUUAAUCUGUUCCAUUGUCUAUUGUCGUGCCAUGCCCAUAACAUUAACAGAAGGUGGACACUAGGGAACUGGUAAUUUAAAAAAAAAAAAAGUCAAUUUAAUGAAGAAUUCAG